AUCCACCUGUGUGUAGUUGUAUUUGUUAAGCAGGAACUUCCCUCAGCCUGCCCAGAGAACCAGUCUAGAGAUUAGUCCUACAAACUCUAUUAAAAUCUGCCAAAAAAAGGGACUUUAAGAUCUCAUGUGCCAUGGGUCGUUUAGUUGAAUUGGGGUGGUUUAUUCUCCUGAUGGCAGUUGUAAACAUAGAGGCUCAAAAGAAGCCUUCUAUAAAUAUCCGCUCUCAAUGCCUGGGGAACGUCAUGCGUGUCAAUGUUGGUCCACUUGGAGGAAAUCUUCUAGAAGUUGCUGUUGUCAUCAAUAACUCAGCCAUCCUCCUUACACCAAGUUUAGCUUCUCAGUGUGGCUUCAGUAUGAAGAUAGACCAGCUGGGGAACGCCAUGAUUUAUGCCUCCCUUCAAAACUGUUUUGCUCAAAAUGUGGAAGAUAAAGUAUUCACAACAACAUUAAAUCUUCGACUGCACGGGAACCAGAUGGUUGAAGACGAGUUGUACCAAGUGGCUGAAACCUGCCAGUACACUACCUGGGCCUCCAGGGAAAUUGUCUGUGACCGUAGCUACAUGGAGGUGUCUGUGAAAAGGGCAGCUCCAGAUGAUUAUGGCCUGCCUGAACAUCCCAUCCUGGGGGCUAAUUCAAAGUUUGGUGAUCCUCGACGAGCUGCUGAGAAACAGUCCAUAGACGCAGGAUUCAGAAUCACAACACUGGUCUUCUAUACUCCUGGGGAGAAGCUUAUGAAUGUGGUCGAGGCCCAGAGAAAUGGUUAUGGGAUUACAAACACUGCUACAAGGCUGGUCCUGAGAAGUCCAAAGGCUUCACCUGAGACAUACAUCCAGAAUGUAGCAGAGGUGCCCAUGACUGUCCUCAGAACCUCAGUAAUAUUUGAAAAGAAGUGGCUGGCGACUCAAAUUGAUGCAGCGAUUGCUUGCCCGACACUGGAGGGUAGUGUUUCCUUCACUCUAAACACAAUCACCUGGUUCCUGCCGAGGCACAUAGACCCUCUUAUUUACUCUGGCCAGUUUAAACUGUUGGAGGUGCACAUGGGCGUCGAUGGCCAGAGACUCGAACCUCCUGAGAUUGCUGCUAGACGAUACUCCCUAACUGUCAAUGAUGUGUACAUCAUUGUCGAAAUUCCCAUUGGCGCUGUUGGAGGCUACUUUAAGAGUCAUGUUCAGGAUGGUCAGUACCUCACGUCUUACACGAUUGAGCCAAUGCUGGAGUUGCUCUGGACUGAAGACUCCAUUAAUGAAGACACAAGAUACAAAGUCCUCCUUCCCAUUACAACGCCAUUAAUGUCUCGACCUCCACAAGUUCAUGACAACACUGUUAAAGAGGAGCGGAUAUUUAAGGUGCUGCUCGGGCCCCUCGGCUCUGAUGUGGCAUUAAUGAACAUCACCUUCCCCACUGAGGUUUUGACCGUGACGGACUGCGUGGCCAGAGGCUAUAACGUCCUGGAGCACAUGUCCCCUAACAGCAGCUCCAAGGUCUUCACACUUGAAGUGCCUUUCACGGACAGUGCUGUACUACAAAUGAAAGGAAUGGGGGUGACUGUGUACUCUCUUCAACUGACCUUUGGCUUGCUGGUGUUGCCAGAGUUUGCUCCAUUUUCUCACUCUGCUUAUCUAGAAGCUAAAUUAGUAGACAUAGUUCCUCCCUCGGUCUCUGGUGGUUGUGAUUAUCAAAACUUCUAUGCUCUCCUGAAAUACGGGACAGGCGGCUUCAACUUUAAGAUCAUGUUGGGAAAACGAUUGUUGACCCCAGGUCUGGCUCAGCAGUACGGCUUCAUGGAGAAUGGGACACACCUAAGUUUCACAGUACCGUUUUCAGCCCCCGAUGUCGUUUACGAGGCUGUUGAGUCAUCGUCCAUCAGGAGCAGACUGGACAUGGUCUUGAUUAAUCCAGAAACCAACAUAAAUAUCAAAGAAUUCUCAGUGGCUUGCAAUUUCUUCUCCACGCUGACUGAGUGUUUUCCUAAUGGUACCAUGACGGCUCUGGCUGUGAAACUAGAGUCGGUUCCCAGUCUGAACCCCAGUCAGCUCACCCUCAGAGAUCCCACAUGUGGUCCCACCUACAGCGACGAUCGCUAUGCAUAUUUUGUCUUCACUGGAAACUCCUGUGGGACGAAUAGAAAGUUUUUGCCCAACAUGAUGCUGUAUGAAAAUGAGAUCUCUCUGCCAGAUGAACUUGAAAUGCAAAAAGAAUCAACAACCAAUGAGCCGGAGUAUGAGUUAAAGGUUUCCUGUUAUUAUGACAUCAACAAAACCCACGCUGUGGCCUUCCACACCAGACCUCGCAGAAGUGAACCGUAUGCUGAAAAUGCAAGAGGCGAGCUGCAAGUUGCAAUUAGACUCGCUACAGACAACUCCUACAGCAUGUUUCACAGUGUUGAGGAUUAUCCCAUAGCAAGGUACCUACAACAGCCGCUGUAUUUUGAGGUGGAACUGAUGAAAUCUGCAAACCCCCAAUUAUCACUGGAGCUGGAGAACUGUUGGGCGACUCUUGAUGAAGACAGGACGUCCCAACCCAGAUGGAACCUCAUCAUUAAUGGCUGUGCAAACCCCGUCGACCCAAACCAGGUGAUCUUCCAUCCUGUUUGGGUUGAUGCCAGAGUUCAGUAUCCUCCUCACUUCAAGCGAUUUGAGGUCCUGACAUUUGCCUUCGCUGAAGAUCAAGAUAACUUGAGCAGCCAGCUCUUUGUCCACUGUGAUGUGGCCAUCUGUGAUGCCAGAAAUCCACUAGGUGGAGCCUGUAACAGGCAGUGUUCAAACCAGGAAAACAGGAUAAAAGGUCAAAGACGUGCUGUUUUAGAUGGUCACAGUUUCAAACACGUCACAUUAGGACCCAUACUAAUAAACUAAUAAAACUAAUAAAAGUGAAUUUUAACAAUUCA